AUGUUUUCAUCGUUCGGUUUCCCUCGUCCGACGACUACAACCGAUGAUCUCGAGGAUCUCUAUAAGGAAUACGGGGUUGAUCGCGCCGUCGUUCUCGAUUUGGCCGGCGCAACUGAGACUCUCGAAACCGUACGGGGAGGGCAUCUUAUUGCGUUCUCGGUUAGGGCUAGGGAGGAAGGUUUAUCUUUCAAAGUCGAUGAGUUCCGACACCUCGUUAUGGUGAAGCGGAACACUCAGAGUCCUGGUACCUUCCUCGUGUCUCCACGCCCAGGUCGCCACGUCAUCGAGGAUGUCCCUUAUCGCGACGAAAAGUGGCGCAAGCAGUUCUUCGUUUUUAGGGUGGAUCGAGCAUCUGUGGGCGAUUUUGAUUUCUCUCGACUUCCUCGGAGUUGGGCUGAGCGUAUUGCUCCUUUCAAAGGUUCUUUGAUGUCAGACGAGAUUCGUGGUCUGAUCGGAGUCCUUCGGAGAGGUCAUUUGGACUGGUCUUCGUUUGAUCAGGCUCGGAUUCGGGCUGAUUUUGCCAAGCCAGAAGGGACUAACAGGGCCCCUUUGGUUGGGGGUUCUGAGGAUGAGGCCGAACAUUCCAGGAGGCAGCUCGUGAGGAGGUCGUCGUUUCGUACUUCUGGGUCUGUAUCGAAGAAUCGCGCCUCUGGUAAAUCUACUUUGAUCUCGAUUCACGACUCCGACAAUGAAGGUGCUUCGGAAGAGAGGCGGUCUACUGUCUCAUUGAGCCCUGGUUCGGGAGACGAGACCGUUGCCGCGACCAGAAAGCGACGCUGGUCGUCAAAGGACACCUUGCCCGGUCCAUCUCGUCCUACGUUUUUCCCUGAGGGAGACGGUUCUUUGUUUGCGGCCCAAGGUGACUUAAUUUCCCUCGCUGGUCGCAUGAGGUCUGCAGGCUGUCGUCUCCCAUCUCUUGCUUCUUCGGCCGAGAAGGAAGCUUACGCCAAGGUUGCAGUGGCGACCUCUAAGGUGAUGGAAGCUUUUAAUGAAUAUGUUGUAAUGAUGGAAGAUCACGUCGUGGCUUCUCGGAAUGACAAGGAAAUCGAGAGCAUCGGUUCCGAGAUUAAGAGGCUUUCGGGGGAGCUCAAAGCCGCCAAGCGAGAGGGGAAAAAGGAUGCCAAAAAUAUUGAGGCUUUGACUGAGGAUUGGAGGAGAAAUUACCAUGAGAACGAGGCUCUUAUGACCCAGGUGGUUGCUCAGAAGGCGAAAGUCGCGGCGCUUGAGGUCGAGAGGGAUCAGGACAUUCGUCGUUCUUCUCGCAUUAAUCGUCGUGAUAUCGAGCAGCGGUACCGAGAGGUCCUCGAAUCUUUGAAGGAUAAAUGGUCGAGCAAGAAGAAGGAAGUGUCUGCUGAGAUCCAAUUGCAAGAAGUGCCGCCAACAUCGAUCUUCCGAACGAGCUCAAGGACGGGGGCCUAA